AUGGCGGCCCACACCUUUAAUGGAGACCAGUGGCCCCCCACCAUGAGAUUUCGACGCCUGACCCCUGGCUACUUCCGGGUGCUACAGAUGCAGGUGGCCGGGGAGCUGAAGGCAGAGCCCCGGAGUCCGCUGGUCGGAAUUGUUGCUACGUUGCUGGCGGUCCUGGGGUUAGGCGGGUCCUGCUACGCGGUAUGGAAGAUGGUGAAGCAACGGCAGCCAUCACAGGCCCCAUGA